AUGUCCAACAGCAGCUCCCUCAACGGCUUCCUCCUCCUGGCGUUUGCAGCGACACAAGAUUUGCAGCUCUUGCACUUCUCCCUCUUCCUGGGCAUCUACAUGGCUGCUCUUGUGGGCAACGGCCUUGUCAUCACAGCUGUGGCUUGCGACCACCAUCUCCACACCCCCAUGUAUUUCUUCCUUCUCAACCUCUCUGUUCUGGACAUCAGCUCCAUCUCUACCACUGUCCCCAAAUCUAUGGCCAAUUCCCUGUGGAACACCAGGGCCAUUUCCUACUCAGGAUGUGUUGCCCAGGUCUUCCUGUUUUUCUUUUCAGUUGGUGUGGAGUAUUCUCUCCUCACUGUCAUGGCCUAUGACCGCUAUGUUUCCAUCUUCAGACCCCUGCACUACUGGACCAUCAUGGACAGCAGAGCUUGCGUCAAAAUGGCAGCAGCUGCCUGGGCCAGUGGGUUUCUGAAUGCUGUCAUGCACACUGCCAACACAUUCUCAAUAUCCCUGUGCCAAGGCAAUGCUGUGGACCAGUUCUUCUGUGAAAUCCCCCAGAUCCUCAAGUUCUCCUGCUCAGAAUCCUACCUCAGGGAAGUUGGGCUUAUUGUGGUUACUGCCUGCUUAAUCUUUGGCUGCUUUGUUUUCAUUGUGCUGUCCUACGUGCAGAUCUUCACUGCUGUGCUGAGGAUCCCCUCUGAGCAGGGCCGACAUAAAGCCUUUUCCAUGUGCCUCCCGCACCUGGUUGUGGUCUCCCUGUACAUCAGCACUGGCACCUUUGCCUACCUGAAGCCCUCCUCUGUCUUCUCCCCAUCUCUGGACCUAGUGGUGGCUGUUCUGUACACAGUGGUGCCUCCAGGAGUGAACCCCCUCAUCUACAGCAUGAGGAACAAGGAGCUCAGAGAUGCACUGAAUAAACUGAUUCAGCUGAUCCUAGUUCAGAAGAAGUAA